AAAGGAAUGACACCAUCCUCCCAAACAAGUUCCUUCUCGUUUGACUUUGGCUCGGGACUUGUGUAUUUCUAUGAAGAUGAAGUGACUAAAACGUACAAAGUAAGAGGAGUCUGCACACCUCGUUGUGUUUGCAUUUCCAGCUGUAAAAAUGCUCCGAGGUGCUGGGUGACUGCUUAUUGGAUCAGGCAGGAAGGAAGGCAGCUAUGAGGUUCAGAAAAGCGGCGGAUGGCGUGCCAGUUCAAAAGGAUGGGGAGCAACAUGGACGUUCAGAAUUUUCAUGGGAAGGAAUCAAUCUGUCCAUGGAGGACACCACAUCCAUCCUGCCUCGGCUCAAGAGGAACUCAAAUGCCUAUGGCAUCGGGGCUCUGGCUAAGUCUUCUCUGUCAGGUGUGUCAGGGGUGACCCGCACCAUGAAGGAAAGAGUAACCAAACCCACGGCCAUGGCCCAGGGGCGGGUCGCCCACAUGAUCGAGUGGCAAAACUGGGGCAUGCAGACGGUUGGCUCAGGGGGCCUACCCCAGUCCCGCAUCAGCACCCAGGAGCGGGAAAAAGAGAGGCGGCUGGAGAACGACGCCUACAGUGACCUCAGUGACGGCGAGAAGGAGGCUCGUUUUGCUGCAGGUGUGCUGCAGCAGUUUGCAAUCUCAGAGGCAACGCUCCUGGCGUGGUCCUCGAUGGACGGUGAGAGUCCGCGGUCAGGUUCGAACCAGGGCAGCGUAGCUCACCUGAGCGAGGUCAACCAGGAGAGCAUCACCAGUCGAGAUCAGAUAUUACAUCAUUCCUCUGCAGACGUGUGGCCCCACACGUACGUCUCCCAGGGCCACUACUGCCUCUCCUCCUCUGAUGCCUGGGAGCCGACUAACAACGACCCCUCCGGCGGCGGCGGCRGCGGCAGCAAUGGCGCUGUGACUUCUCCCCCCGCAGGCUCCUACGUCAUGGGGACAGAGGGCUACGACGGGCAGGCGGCGGCUCACUUCCUGUCUCAGCAGCAGCAGUACAGCCUCCAGCAGCAGACUCAGCUGCAGCAGCUGCAGCAGCUCCAGCAGCUCCAGCACUACCAGCAACAGCAGCUCCUGCAGUAUCAGCAACAACAGGCCUUGGAGCACAGGAUGCACAGCGCCAACCACUCCUUACAAGCAACGCCCAACAGCACCAUCCACAGUCUGGUUCACCAGGUUCACCCUCCUCUGGUGGAUCUGUGGAACGUGGGCCAGUUGGAGGCCUAUCAGGCAGAAGCYGGGGGCUACAUGGGCGUGGCGGCGGUGGUGGAGCCGAGCCUGUGCAUUCCCCCCGGAGAGGAGAUGGUGGGGGCCGAUCACUCGCCGCUACUGGAGCAGCAGGAGGAGGAGCAGGUCAAGGAGGAAGMUGUGGUGCUGUCCGUGGAGCCAGAUGCGGCCACGUUGACUCCGCCCACGCAGCAGGGGGAUGCCUCAGGUGGCAGUAGUCCGGGGCAACCUCCCGCAGAACCAAUCACAGAGCGGAAGGCCUCCGAUGUCACCUCUGGCCUCAUUCAGACUCUAGAGGAAAAAGAGGAGGAGGACGACGAAGAGGAGGAGGAGGCGGGGCCGCCCACCUCCAUGGCAACCAAUUGAAAAACUCCUGAUUCACAAACUGACCCGUUAAGUCAGCGAGGAACGAGCAGAGUGCACCAACAUGUCUAUUAAUCUGUUCCCCUUUUUCAGGUAUCAAAACCUUUUUUUGGGUUGGGAUUCUUUAAAAAAAAACGGUGAGCAACAGAUUUGAACGUAGACUCACAGCGAGACAACGCUCAUGCAACAAAGGACACCUAUUUCUUUGUAAGCCUUACAUCCCAAAGGAACGAAAAGUAGAUUGAGAGCAAAGGAGAAGAGGAGGAGGAGGAGGAGCACCAACUGACUCAAACAUUUCCAUGUGGAGGAAGAAAACAGACUGUGAUGAAGAGGAGGGGAAAGAAACAUGCAUGCUCUUUUCAGAAACAGGCACCUCGAUCAAGUCGUCGUCUUAUAACAACGAGAAAAAUCGAACGUAAAUCCACACAAUAAGAACUGUUUUGUAAUAAAGCAAAUAAAAAAAGUCAAAAAUCUAUGUAUACGUGUAGAAAACGGUCAUGCAGGUUUCCAACCGGGGAGCUGCUCUGUUUACAGCUGUUUUUUUUUGUUGCAUCAGUCUGCUCUAAUUAAAUCAAAUCUGAACGAUCUGACGGACGGUUGAAGUAGCCUCCAAAAAUCUCAGCRUUUCAGUGAAAUGUUGUGUGAACACCCCCCACCCUGCUCCCCCCUCUCCACAAGUCAUCUCUUCUGUGACAUUGUGAAGGCACAGCCAGGAGACACGCCUGCUCUGCAGACCGCACACACACACACCGACCCCUGCACAGAUUGUACUGUAACAUAGUGUGCUUCCUACUCUCUCUGUAUGCAUGCAUUUCAGAGUACCACGGAGUACCUGUACUAUACAGCACUAAAUAGACUUUGCACUGAACCCUUAAAUCCCACGUGUGAGCCUGCGGUGAGUGGUGGAGCCCCCCCCCCCCCAGUUUGCACUGAUGCAAUCUAACCCGAUCAGAGUUUGCCUUUGAACUGCAGGCGCUGCAAAGUUCAGAGACGACCAAAACCGAGCCACCCAACAAACCCAAACCUUCAGCUGCUUUCUGUUGUUUUCUACAGGUCAUGACACAUUAAGGUCAAUAACCACUACUUUUGAAUGUACCGGAGGAUGGAGGACAAGUGCGUGAACACUGUAGACGUGUCCCUGUGGUCCACAUGAGAGGAUUCAGCACCGAAGAAACAAACACAAAGAAAGGGGUCUUUCCCAAACGUGGAAAAGGGGAUUCACUGCUGACACAUAGAUGGACAUGACACACACAAAUAUCUAAAUUGUAACCAGCAAUAGACAGACAAACACUGGUCCCCUCCCCUCCAACAGACCAGUGUCAGCUCUGUCAUAUAAAUGUAAAUAAAGUAUAUAGAAAUUGCCUCUCGCUCACAGUCACAACUGUUCGAUUACAGUUUGAUUUCUUUAUUUUUGUACGCCUCGAGUCCCACUUUAUUUUGGGAUUGCUCUCAAAGCUUUGCAAGUUUUUGUUUUGUUUUAUUUUGUUUAAAAAAAGAACACAGAGAUGAAACAUUUGAGCAAUCGAUCAAAGCGAAGGGUGUUUGAGACCCAGCGAGUCCAUCAAUAAAAGUACAGCGGCAACAGGUUGAGGUCAAUCAACCAAUCAGGUAACAGAACCGAAGACUGAGACCGAACACUGGAGGAGAAACUGGUUGGUGUCUUCCUGCUCAUCGUUACUACUGUGAAGCAGCUGCCUGGACGUGUGAAAGUGAAGCCGACAAUGUUUUAUUUAAUUUUAAUUUUGUAUGUUUUCUCGCAUCGAAGGCAGAGUUGGUGUUUCCCAGCGAGAACUGGAGUUCUGAACAGCAGAAAUGGACUUCCUGUGCAUGACUCACUUUACAACAACAGUACAAGCUACUGUUUCACAGGUUCUCUGCUGGGGAGCACCUCCUCUUACUUCAAUGACUGUGUGAGAAACUCUGAAGAGUUAUGGUUUAUUGACUUGAAUGAGUUUUAUCGAUUGCUUCUUUAUGCAAUGAUGGGGACAAUGUUUAUUUUUCUACUGACAUGUUGAAAUCCCUUCCGGUAUAAGUUGGAAUAGGUGCCACGGAUGUAAAGCCAUCUUGUUUUGGUUUGGCUUUGAGCUCUUUGUGCGUAGAAAAAACAAAACAAAAAGAAUAUAGAUAAUCUGGCAGCUCUUAGUGUAAAUAAUCCUGUGUACAACCUCACUUCCUGAAAAGUUGGAAAGUUGUGUAAAACUAAAAGAAUACAAAGAUUAAUAAACCCAUAUAUUUUUCCACAAUGGAACAUAGUAAACUAAAAAAUGAGAACAAAUUUUUAGUAACAAUAAGAUAAUUUUAGAUUUUAUGGUAGGAAAACYGCUAAAAUAAAGUUACAACAGGGUCGUGUCACUGUGCUUUAACAGCCGUUUGUAAAGGUCCAGAAACUGAACUGAGGAGGUCAGCUGGUCCAGUUUUUGGAUCAGAAUUGUUUCUGGAUGGGAGCACAUGUUCUAAAACCUGUAAAUACUUUUCUGCAUCGAUAGUGCUUUUCCAGACGUGCGAGCUGCCCAUGCCAGAGGCACCAAUGCACCCCUAUACCAACAGAGAGGCAGGUUGUUAAACUGUGUGCUGAGAACAGAUUUUAAAAACUGAACUGUGACCUCUGUUCACACACUAUGAUUUGUGGAACUGUUCCUGACCCCUGCACUCGUGUCCAGAACAGAAUAAGACUUGUCUUUAAUGCAGCGGCCCCUGAGGGCCCGACCAUCUAACACUGACUUUCAACCUCGUCCUUUGAGAUCAGAGAUUUUUGAUGAUUUCAUAAACUGUAGAAGAUGGGUUAUUUAAAGUCUUUCCAAUUUUCUAACGGUGAACAUUACUUUGAAAUUGUUCCACCAUUUUUAGUCGCAGUUUUUUGCAGAACCACUGCCCGUCUUGUGCUCCUCCAGCCGUUUCCUCCUCAUACUAAAUAUAUUUUACAGCCUGUUGUGUUAUUUCCCCUGGAAAGUUGUAAAACUUCUCAGUUUAAAUGUUUAUAAUGUUUCUAUUGUGAAUAAUAUAUGGGCUUACAGGAUAAUCAAAUCUUUACUUUUAACUAGUGGUGUCCCGAUGAUACCGAUACCAGCAAUUUUACAAGUACUUGUACUUGUACAAGUAUUGAUACUCCAUUCAGUGUGUUACAGUUAACAUUUCAAGUGAAAAGUUUGUCAGUUCCAUAUUUAAGAAGGUUAUACAAGUAGAAAGCAUUUUUAAUAAAUGUUUUAACAGAAUAAAUUAUGCUGUAUAUSUAAUCUGAUCCAGUUGGGGCUGUAGGCCUAUAAAAAGAGCCAUCUUCAGUAAGUACUCUGUAUCGGUACUUGGUAUCAGCGAGUACUCAUACUCGGUUUGUGACAAACUGGCAUCAGGACACCUCUACGUUUUACACAACAUCCCAACCAUCUCAGAGGUGAGGUUGUAUUUGACUUCACGAGUUCCUGCAGUGACUCAGGAAGAUCAUUAAAAACACUCAACAGCGCUCAAAACCCUCAAACAGUGUUUUUUACCCGUUGGCACAAAUUCGUUUAUUUAUUGAACAAUUACUUGGUCGGGAGAAAAAAUAAAUAAAACUUGUACAGAACCUAUAAUUUCACAUCAUCCCUUUUUCUUUCUGAGUCGGAGACGCAGCGGAAAGAUUUCCUGCUUUUAUCUUUGUUCAAGUUCAAAACACCAUCACAGCUUCUCUGGGCUCGACUGUUGAACAGAAAACAGAUCUCGUUUCACGGGGAAGCACGCAGAAACACAGCUUCAGUUUGAAUUAUUUUGCUUCUUUCUUUGUCAAAGUUUGUUUAUCUGAAUCUCAAUGAAUGAACAAGCAAACAUGAAGCCAAAUAUAUUUCUGUGGAUGUUAAGGUUCACUGCUCGUGUCUUGAUCAUGAGUUUCUCUGUUUUUGUGUCUGUGUGUAAUUUACUGCCAUCUUCUAAAAGUUUCAGUAACUCGUCUUCAAAAAUCUGCCUCCUGUUUUCUGCCUUUCUGUCCUUCUUCUCUGUCUGUUCUGUAAACUCGUGUCUGUCUGUCUAUCUGUUUGUCUGUGUACAGUAAUGAAAUUGUCUGUUGUUUUAAAUUUUCUUUUUUCUUUUUGGAAGAAUCACUACCUGAAGUAACAUGAAAAAUAUCAGUCAAAGUGGGGUUUGAAGCUCUUAAACAAAUACUAUAUGUACAGAAUUUGGAGUUGUGUGGCAAAAAAGAAAAGUUUUAAUAAACUGCUGUAUAAAAUGCUGCAAAAAUCAGAUGGCUUCUGUAAAAUUCUGCAUAAAACUGGAUUUGUUUUUAACGGAGGCAGAGUGACUGAUAACGCACCUAUGCAUGCUUGUUGGAUGGUUCUCGCGGGCCGGUUCUUCCACGUGGUUUCUCCUCUCCUCUCUCUCUGUUUCUUUCUUUCUUUCCCCUCCUGUUCUUGCACGACAGAGCCUUCUUCACUCUCUCCGUCUCCUCUUCUGUUUUUUCCUUCUGGUGGAGAAAGAGCAAAAUAAACAAACCAACAAACAGCCUC